UAACGUUUAUUUUGAUUGUCUGCAUUUAUUAGAGAAGCCAGAUUUCAGAUGUGUCCAUGUAAAACAGGAUUAAAACAGGAUUAUUAGCGACAUAGUUUUCCUAAAAAAUACCUGUUAACAUUUUAAUCUAACUAGUCGUUGUGUACACGUCUCCUCGCCCCUACCUGGGCUCGAACCAAGGACCCUCUGCACACAUAGCCACCCUCGAAGCAUCGGUACCCAUCGCUCCACAAAAGCCGUCCCUCCCCGUUUCGUUCUGUUUGCUUCCGUUUAAGAAACGUUUUGCAACAAAAUCGGCGUAAUGAAUACGUCCCACCAAACGCUGGACCAUGACGUCAUCAACAAAGGACAGCGGGCUAUCUCGCAAUCGUAAACAAAAGGAAAUUUUAACCUUGCAGUUUUUCUACUUCUGGAACGUCACUCCGCACAUAGACCUUUGCGUAAACAGCUAUCGACAUUGUCAUAAUAUUACAGGGCGAAAACAUGGUGGAUAUACGCACAGCUGUACCGUCAGAGUCCUUAAAUAAAAGCUCCUCCGAUUAUGAACCUGUGAUUACAUUAAUAAACAAGAAGCACCAGCCCAAUGAGACCCAGUGUAAAAAUAGCCGGAAUAUCACUAGACACGAUUCAGGGUUAGAUGACACUUCAGAUGAUGAACCCUUGACAAAGUUGGAGAGACUUCCCAGACCUAAAAAAGCCACUGUACAAGCAAAGGGGCAAGGGACUACUUAUAUCAAAAGAGGUAAUGGCAUCCAGAAGACAAAGAACAAGAUCGCAGGUUCAACCCAGGAUGAGGACUCUUAUGACAGCUCAGACAAUGAACCCUUGAUAAAGAUGGUUAAACAGACAUCGUUGCCAUUCAAAAAGAGACCCUUCAACACAGCCAGAGAGGUUAACGAUGUGAAGGGCAGAAAUAACGUCCAGAACACUCAUAACAUAUGCACAGACUCAUCAGGUGACAGCUCCGAUAAUGUGCCACUGAUCAAGAUGACCCGAACAAAGACACUCCCUACAACAGCCAGAGAAACACCCAAAUCCUCCGAUGACAGCACAGAGGAUGAACCAUUGAUUAAUCUAACCAGGUCUCCAUCUAAAGACACUGUGAGGACAAUACUGAAGAGCUGUGUUGCUAAAGAAUCCAACAGCAACAACUGUAGUCAAAGAAAAGGCAAAACCAGCAGAGAGGAAGAGGUGAAUUCUGAUUCUGAUGACGAGCCCUUAAUUAGCCUAGUUAAAAAGCCUCUUAAAGCUGUAAAGAAGACCACGACACCAGCGAAGAAGAGUGUGCCAGGAAAGACAAACAAAGCAGUCAACAGACGGAGCACCAACAUUGUUCAAAGCACAAGUGAAGGGUCUUUGGAUGAUAGAUUAGAUGAUGAGCUGUUGAUCAAGAAGAUGGUGAGGAAUCCAUCAAUGAAGACCCUGAUGGUUAUUCUGGAGAGGUGUGAAACUAAAGAAGCCUUGGAAGAUUACUAUAGAGCCAAUGUGGGAAACGCUGGCGAAAGAAGUGCAGAUGGUUACAAAUCCCCCUCAUUCUUCACCAGAAGCUAUGGCAGAGAAGAGAAAUCAGUCACAAGACUGCUCUGACGAUGAACCUUUGAUAAAGAUUGUUGGAAACCCAGAGUCAUGAUUAUGGACUUGUAUAGAUACCGGAAUAGUACUUCAUUUUAGGAUUUUUUUUAAAUUGUACCUUUAUUUAACUAGGCAAAUUCUUAUUUUCAAUGACGGCCUAGGAACAGUAGGUUAACUGCCUGUUCAGGAGCAGAACGGCAAAUUUGUACCUUGUCAUCUCAGGGGUUUGAACUUGCAACCUUCUGGUUACUAGUCCAACACUCUAACCACAAUGCAUUACAGCAUUCAGUAACAAACUUGUCGAAGAUGGCAUAAUAGUUACUGACACAACUACUUUUUUUCUUGCUUGAGUUUUCUGUGUUAUGGUGAAAAUAAAUGUGUGUUGUCUAACUAUUAGGUGAUUUGGGAUAACUAUUUUCAUUUUUUAACCUGUGUUUUUCUAACUUAUUUAUUUUUGUAUCAUGUUUACCACAUGGAUGCUCGUAGUAGCAUGUUUUAUAGUAUAUUUAUGGCCAUGCAAAAGUUCAACAAUAGGCCUGAUUAUUUUUAAUUGUUGCCAAUUAUGGGUCUCCAGCUUAAUGAAUUACAGUACAUUUGUGAUUAAUAGGGAGGAGUCAGGUACUCAAUUUCUUUUGACUGGAAUGUACCAUCAAAUAGGGAGCAGUACUAUUCAUUUUUAAACACUGAAACUGUAAUGUGCUUGUUACAGUCCACACGUAAUUUCAAAAUUACGUUAUAAAAAAAUUAUUCAUGAAUUGUUUUCACAAUUUUAAUUAAAGAACAGAAGUUUCCCAUUUGUCUUAGUCAUCAACAAAAAACACCUUCACUUCUAUGGGAGAUAUUAAAUUGGCAAAGGAUUUCAGUUUCUCAACUGAGACAUCUGUAAAAUUAGGCUUUUUUUUUUGCAACUCUACCUAGAAGGCCAGCAUUCCAGAGGUCGCCUCUUCACUGUUGAUGUUGAGACUGGUGUUUUACGGGUACUAUUUAAUGAAGCUGCCAGUUGAGGACUUGUGAGGCGUCUGUUUCUCAAACUAGACACUAAUGUACUUGUCCUCUUGCUCAGUUGUGCACCGGGGCCUCCCACUCCUCUUUCUAUUCUGGUUAGAGCCAGUUUGCGCUGUUCUGUGAACGGAGUAGUACACAGCGUUGAACGAGAUCUUCAGUUUCUUGGCAAUUUCUCACAUGGAAUAGCCUUCAUUUCUCAGAACAAGAAUAGACUGACGAGUUUCAUUUUGAGCCUGUAAUCAAACCCACAAAUGCUUAUGCUCUAGAUUACUCAACUAGUUUAAUGAAGGCCAGUUGUAUAGCUUUAAUCAGAACAACAGUUUUCAGCUGUGCUAACAUAAUUGCAAAAGGGUUCUCUAACAUUAACUCCUGAACAGCUAAUCAAAUGGCUACCCAGACUAUUUGCAUUGCCCCCCGCCCCCUUCCACGCUGCUUCUACUCUCUGUUAUUAUCUAUGCAUAGUCACUUUAAUAACCCUACCUGCAUGUACAUAAUUACCUCAACACCAGUGCCCACGCACAUUGACACAUUGACUCUGUACCGGUACCCCCUGUAUAUAGCCCCGUUAGUGUUAUUUUCUGCUGCUCUUUAAUUAUUUGUUAUUCUUAUCUCUUAUGUUUUUGGGGAGGGUAUUUUCUUAAAACGGAAUUGUUGGUUAAGGGCUUGUAAGUAAGCAUUUCACUGUAAGGUACCUGUUGUAGUCGGCGCAUGUGACAAAUAACAUUUGAUUUAAUUUAAUGCCAUAAUAUACAGUGCAUUCGGAAGUAUUCAGACCCCUUGACCAUUUCCACAUUUUGUUAGCCUUAUUCUAAAAUAGAUUUUUAAUAAAGUCCCUCAAUCUACUCAGAUUACCCCAAAAUGCAAAGUAAAAAGUAUUUUUUUGCAAUUUUUGGCAAAAUAUUAAAAAAGCAAAAACAGAAAUUACCUAUAUACAUACAGUUGAAGUCAGAAGUUUACAUACACUUAGGUUGGAGUCAUUCAAAUCAGUUUUUCAAACACUCCACAAAUUUCUUAACUAUAGUUUUGGCAAGUCAGUUAUGACUUCUACUUUGAAUGACAAGUAAUUUUUCCAACAAUUGUUUACGGAUAGAUUAUUUAACUUGUAAUUCACUGUUUCACAAUUCCAGUGGGUCAGAAGUUUACAUACAUUAAGUUGACUGUGCCUUUUAACAGCUUGGAAAAUUCCAGAAAAUAAUGCCAUGGUUUUAGAAGCUUCUGAUAGGCUAAUUGACAUAAUUUGAGUCAAUUGGAGGUGUACCUGUGGAUGUAUUUCAAGGCCUACCUUCAAACUCAGCGCCUCUUUGCUUGACAUCAUGGGGAAAUCUGCCAAGACCUCAGAAACAAAAUUGUUGACCUCCACAAGUCUGGUUCAUCCUUGGGAGCAAUUUCCAAAUGCCUGAAGGUACCACGUUCAUCUGUACAAACAAUAGUUUUUUUUAAUAGCUUCUACCUCCAAGCCGUAAGACUGCUAAACAGCUAAUCAAAUGGCUACCCGGACUAUUUCCAUUGAUCCCCCCCCCCUCUUUUUUUUUCAAGCUGCUGCUACUUGCUGUUUAUUAUCUAUUGUCCAUGCAUAAUUACUUUACCCCUACCUACAUGUACAUAUUACCUCAGUUACCUUGACUAACCUGUACCCCCGCACGUAGCCAUGUAUAUAGCCUCGUUAUUGUAUUGGUGCUCAUAUUUAUAAAAAAAUAAAAAAAUAUUUUUCAUAACUGCAUUGUUGAUUAAAGGUCUACACUUGUUGUAUUCUGCGCAUGUGACAAAUAAAAUUGGAUUUGAUGUCAAGGCUUAAUUCUUGUGACAUCAAUAAAGGAUCUUAGCUUUCACCUGGUCAGUUUUUCAUGGAAAGAGACCUAAUAUUUUGUACAUUUAGCACAGGAGGUUGGUGGCACCUUAAUUGGAGAGAAUGGACUUGUGGUAAUGGCUGGGCGGAAUUGGUGGAAUGGUAUCAAAUACAGCAAACACAUGACAGUCCAUCACUUCGUUUCAUCCAUUAUUAUGAGCCAUCCUCCCCUCAGCAGCCUCCACUGACACUCAUUGUAUGUCAGGUGUGGAUGUGCCAUGCCAGAAGGGUUUUCCCCAGGUGAAUGAACAAUGAGGAUAUUUACUGCAAUUAUUUUUUUGUGAGAACCUAUGUCCAAAUGGUCCAGACAGGCUUGAUGCAAACUAGUGCCUGCUAAACGUGGUUUCUUUCAUUUAAUUACAUUGUGAAAGAUGUCUUCAAUGAUCACACAUGGGAUAGAAAUGUAAUGCUAAGUCAAUUUUAAUGGGUUGUGCAAGUUUGUGAAAUCAGUGUAAUGUACUAUAAUUUACAGUACUGUAGCAUACUAUAUUCAAAGGCAAUUUUGAAACAUGUAUCUUACAUUUUUUUUUUAUAUUGGAGUAACUGGUUGUUAAAAUAACUAAAUUGAGAAUAUAAUUUUGUGUUUGUGAUUAAACUCAUUUCACAGA